UUUCCCGCCAUUUUUAGCUUUUUGAGGAGAACUGGUUGUUUUAGGUGAGAUCCGAGGCUUUCUGAGAAUCACGGCGGCCAAACGGAAUGGAUUGGUUUCACUGCAACCGGUGUUUCCGAAAAGAUGGGGCCCAUUUCUUUGUUACCAGCUGUGGUCAUAUUUUCUGUAAAAAAUGUGUGACUCUAGAAAAAUGUUCUAUCUGCGGAACUGCCUGCAAGCAUCUGGCUCUUUCUGAUAGUCUGAAACCUCAGGAGAAGAUGUACUUCAAAAGCCCUGUGGAGACAGCUUUGCAGUAUUUUAGUCACAUCUCUCAGGUGUGGAGUUUCCAGAAGAAACAAACAGAUCUCCUCAUUGCCUUUUUUAAGCAUAGAAUUACAAAGUUAGAAGCAUCCUUACAGGAGGCACAGCAAACAUUGACCAACAAGAACAAAGAGCUGUCAGUCUUAAGGAAAGAGAAUGGAGAACUGAAGAAAUUUCUAGCCAUCCUAAAGGAAUCUCCAAGUUGGUACCAAGGAAGCAGAUCAACCACACCUCGACCAGUGGGCAUUACCUCUCCAUCACAGUCAGUUACCCCACGACCCAGUUCUCAGCAUAGUAGCCAAGUGGUCAGUCGAUCCUCCUCAGUGGAGUCUAUCCCUUAUAGAGUGGCUGGCUUUAGUAACUUGGGACAAGGAGUCAGAGGCCUGCAGACUAGGAGCACUCCCAGAGACUCUUAUACCGAAACCCCUUCACCAGCUUCUACUCACAGCCUGUCUUAUAGACCUUCAUCUGCCUCCUCUGGACAGGGGAUUUUUUCUUUCAGACCAUCCCUAAAUGGUGGGGAUUCAGAUCUCACAAGAGUCCUCACCUCCAACAAUUCAGGUCAGAGAGAGAGCAGAACCACCCUAGAGAGUCUUCCUGGUUUCCAGCUACCAGUCCUGCAGAAUCUCUACCAACAGAGGCAGAUGGGAUUAGCCAGGGGGAAAGAAGUAUGGAACACUCCCAGAUAGACCAUGUUCAAGGUCUGAUCUAUAUAUACGGCUGAAGGACGGACGGUAGCAUCUAAACUCAUUUAGACCUGAUGGCCUGGGAAAAUGCACCCCUGCCUUAUUUCCUGGUUUCACUCUGUAUCCUCUUUCAGUCUUUACCCUGUAUACCCUGUAUUACUUCCUACAAAAGGGAUCAGGUCAGUGCUUCAGAAAGAUGCCUGUAUCUUUCCUAUAAGAUAUACGUAGCUCCCUUAUUUCCUACAACUUGAAACAAAGGUUAUAAAAACAAUUCUUGGCAUGGGUGGGGGGUGAUGGUGGUAAUAUGCUCAUUAACCGUGUUUUAUUUCCGGAUUUCACUUUUUAGCUUUGGAUAUAUUCUCCCAUUGCCAGUGUUAACAAGCAAAAACUCUGUUCCUUGCCCUAAUUGAGUAUAUGUUUUCUGUUUGCCUCUUGUUUCCUCCAUG